AUGCUUUCGUCAUUCCGAAAACAAGAUAAAAAGGAUGAAGAAUCGAGUACAAGUGGAAAUCCAUACAAGAAUCUCGAAAAGGCUUCUGUCCUCCAAGAAGCUCGAACAUUCAAUGAAACGCCUGUAAACACACGAAAAUGUGUUCAAAUUCUAACGAAAAUCAUUUAUAUGAUUAAUCAACCAGAAAUGGGUGAACAAUUGGGUCAAACUGAAGCAACCGAAACAUUUUUUGCUAUGACAAAAUUAUUUCAAUCAAAAGAUAUGAUGCUUCGUCGAAUGAUUUAUCUAUCGAUCAAGGAAAUGUCAACGGUUGCCAAUGAUGUUAUCAUUGUAACAUCAAGUUUAACUCGUGAUAUGACCGGUAAAGAAGAUUCACACCGUGGACCGGCCAUACGUGCUUUAUGUAAAAUCACCGAUGCAUCGAUGAUGCAAAGUGUUGAACGAUAUAUGAAACAAGCAAUUGUUGAUAAACUUCCAUCGGUUGCAUCGGCCGCAUUGGUGUCAUCCGUUCAUUUGAUGCGUCAAGGUCCUGAAGUAGUGAAACGAUGGGUAAAUGAAGUUCAAGAAGCAGUUAAUAACGAUAAUAUCAUGGUCCAAUAUCAUGCGCUUGGUCUUCUUUAUCAAAUACGUCGAUCGGACAAACAUGCGAUCCGAAAAUUGAUUGUGAAAUUUUCCAAGGCUGGCCUUCGAAGCCCAUACGCGUAUUGUUUUCUCAUUCGCAUAGCAGCUAGUUUGAUCAAUGAAGAAGGCGAAGGAACGGAUAGUCCAAUGUACGACUUCAUUGAUUCAUGUCUACGUCAUAAAAACGAAAUGGUUAUCUAUGAAGCAGCAUCAACAAUUGUUUCGCUCAAAUGUGUGACACCAAAAGAACUUAGUUCAGCUGUUAAUGUUCUUCAAUUAUUUAUUUCAUCACCUAAACCGGUUUUACGUUAUGCUGCUGUUCGAACACUCAAUAAAGUUGCUAUUCAAUAUCCUGCAGCAGUCACAGCCUGCAAUGUUGAUCUUGAAACAUUAAUCACUGAUUCAAAUCGAUCAAUUGCAACGCUGGCUAUAACAACACUUCUCAAAACUGGUAAUGAAGCAGGUGUUGAUCGGUUGAUGAAACAAAUCUCAUCAUUUUUAUCUGAAAUCUCCGAUCAAUUCAAAACUGUGGUCGUCGAUGCCAUUAAAUCAUUAUGUCAAAAGUUUCCACGUAAACAUACAGUAUUGAUGACGUUUCUUGCCAAUAUGUUACGUGAAGAGGGUGGAUACGAAUAUAAGAAAGCAAUUGUCAAUACAAUCAUUUCAAUUGUUGAAGAAAAUCCUGAAGCAAAAGAAGCUGGUUUGGCUCAUUUAUGUGAAUUCAUUGAAGAUUGUGAACAUACAUCAUUGGCAACACGUAUUCUUCAUUUAUUGGGUCGUGAAGGACCACGAACAACGACGCCAGCUAAAUAUAUUCGUUAUAUUUAUAAUCGUGUCAUUCUUGAGAAUGCACCUGUUCGUGCAGCUGCUGUCAGCGCUUUGGCUAAGUUUGGCGCAGCAUCAGAAGAUUUAUUACCAAACAUUUUGGUACUUUUACAACGAACAACUCUUGAUCAAGAUGAUGAAGUACGUGAUCGUGCAACAUUCUAUUAUCAAUUAUUGAAACAAAAUGACAAAGCAUUGAACUCAGCUUAUAUUCUCAACUCAAUGAAUGUAUCUUUAUCUGCACUUGAACGUCUUUUACACCGAUAUACAAUGGAACCGACAACGAAACCAUUCGAUGUUCGAUCUGUACCUGUAGAAGCUGUUCAAGUUGAACAACCGAAAGCGAAUAUUAGUAUUAGUACUGGUGUUUCGCCAGGAGGCUCAGAAACGAAGAAAGCUCGAGAAGAUACUUAUAGUGAACAAUUAUCAGCUAUGCCGGAAUUUGCUCAUCUGGGUCCACUCUUCAAAUCAUCAUUAUCUGUUGAUUUAACUGAGAGUGAAGUUGAAUACGUAGUUCGCUGUAUCAAACAUGUUUUUAGUCACUACAUUGUUUUUCAAUUUGAUAUAAACAACACACUGAACGAUCAACUGUUAGAGAAAGUAACUGUUCAGAUGGAUGGAUCAGCUGAAGGUUUUGAAGUUGUUCACUAUACUCCUUGUCAAGUGAUUAAAUGCAAUGAUACAGGCACAACUUAUACAUUAGUUAAAUUACCUGAUGAUUCAUCGGCGGUCACCGGAGCAUUGGCAUGCACGAUGAAAUACACAGUAAAAGAUUGUGAUCCAGCCACAGGUGAACCCGAUGAUGAAGAAGGCUAUGCCGAUGAAUUUGUCUUGGAAGACGUCGAAGUAGCUGUUAGUGAUCAUGUACAAAAAGUAUUGAAACCCAAUUGGUCUGCAUCGUGGGAGGAAAUUGGCGCUGAAAAUGAACUCGAAGAUACGUAUACAUUACCUAUUCCGACACUCGAAGAGUGUGUCAAAAAAAUCAUCAACUAUAUGGGAAUGCAAGCUUGUGAAAGAUCCGAUAAAAUUCCAGACGGCAAAGCGUCUCAUGCUCUCUACUUGGCUGGUGUUUAUCGUGGUGGACACGAUGUUCUUGUUCGAGCAAAAAUGGCAUUAGGUGGAACAUCAGCAGAUCCCAGUUCACAAGCUAUUACUAUGCAGUUAACUAUACGUUCAACUGAUGAAUCAGCCGUACAAGUCAUCGCUUCAGCAGUAGAAUAA